GUUCAUGAAGCACCAACGUUUUCGAGCUGCAAGAUGUUUUCUGAGAUUUAAACAAAUCUUCCAGCUGUCAUUUCAAGAUAUGUUGAUGGCACAGAGUCCAGACUCCUGUAGGACGUUUGGAGAAAGGAGCCGCAGUCAAACAAAUCAGAUGCCACUUACGCCUGAAUUCACCAAGAUGCUGACAAAAAGCAGUCCGCGAUUUGGUGCUUUGAGUCAUCACUCAUUCUUCUCUCGGCACAACCCUCAUCCACACAGGGUCAGACAUAUUCAAGGACUCAAUGGUAGACCCGUUUGCAUGGUGAGGGAUGAUUGGUUUGUCACCUCAUCAUUAUUUCCUCAUCCACUUCUCAAAAGUCACGUCUUCAAGAAAGCCACUGGUCCACCUCUGGAUUUUCCGCUCGCACAUAACCUUAAUGGAGUCAGUAGUAACAAAAUCAAAUCAGCACAAUUUUCAGAGGCCUGGAGGGAUGAACUUAAAGACCUUGCUACAAAAGUCAGCUUGUCUUCUGAAGCCCAAAAGGAAAAACAACAGGAGGAAGAAUUUGUCCGCCGAAAGACCACAUAUUCAGCUCAAACUGGGCGAAUUGUCCCUCCAUCCACUAACUGCUACCAACGCAGAACCCCUUCCCAGCGCCUGAUGUAUCCUCAGCCUCUCCAUGAUCAAGAACUCAUGGUGUUUGAGCUGCUUUGUCAGAUCCUGCAGACAGACUCCCUCUCCACAGUCCAGCAGUGGCUUCUGCUUGCAGGGCAAAGAGAGAAGGACCUGGUGAUGGGGAUGAUCAAGCAGGCUCUGGAUGGUGUCGACCUCUCGGGUCAUCCACAAAGGAACUUCCAGCAGAUCCAGGCCUUUCACCUUGGUGCAUCUCCGGUGGUGUACGGUGCAUCACGUGACCAGUCGUGGAGAACACCUCAGAGAACAAGAAGGAACCAUGCUUUCAGCGUGGAGAAACCAGAGAGGAUUGGAGAGGCAGAGGUCCUUGAAGUCCACGCCGAAACUAAAAAUGAUCUUCAAGAUCCUCCACUUGAGCAGACAGAGAGUUUUUAAUUUCCUGAUUUUCACCGUAGUGACAACUUUAUUCUGGUUUCAUUAUAUUGUAAAUUGCUUGGAUUCCUUUUAAAAAAUAUACAAUAGGUUCUCUUUUGCAUGUUUGCUGUGUUAAUUGAAACCAUGGACAAUUAAUUAGUUCUCCAGAUGUCUUUUGUACUUCAUUUUACAACAUGCUGUACAGGCAGGAUAGUGUUGCAGUACUGUUGAUGAUGUUUAAUAAUUGGAUAUCAUUAUCUGGUGAUACUAAAUCAUUUCAGUGCAGAGGAGGAUUUUCGUUUUCUCAAUCUUUUAUUGUAGUGUACUGUGAUAUGGUUUCCUAUGAUGAGAAUUGAGUGGUUGCCUUGUUUUUUGUUCUCUUGGUAAAUUACAUUUCUUCCUUUGCACAUUUGUUUUGCUGAUGUUUCUCAGAAUGCGAGCUGCUUUAUUGAGAGGAAUUUCAAAUAGAUUUUACAAAUGAAUAACAGAAUAUACUGUACAAUUGGUGACAUAGUAUUACACAUUGCUGUAGAAAAUGUUUUGAUUUGUUUAAAUUAUAUAUCAGUUGUUAGAUGGAUCGAGUAUAACUUGUUGUGUGCAGGGAUAUAAAACUUGAA